AUGUCUUUUGCAGAUAUUCGCGUUUGAGUCAGUCAGUGUUAAAUUCGCUCAUACACACAUUCCGCUGACGUUUAGCCCAGAGCGCGCGCACACACACACAGAAGAGAGAAGAGUCUGCUGGCGUGAUCAGGAGGACUGUCGCUUGCUAACACACACACAUAUACAAAACACCACAGCAGCCGCAGAAGAGGACACGAUUACAUCGCAGUGUUGUGAAGAAAGAAGUCUACGGCCGCUACCAUGCCACUCUUUGGUAAAUCUCACAAAAGUCCCACAGAAAUUGUGAAGACUUUGAAGGACAACCUCUCCAUCCUGGUCAAGCAGGACAAGAAGACAGAGAAGGCUUCAGAAGAGGUGUCGAAGUGUCUGGUGGCAAUGAAGGAGAUCCUGUACGGCACCAAUGAUAAGGAGCCGCACACAGAAACCGUGGCUCAGCUGGCCCAGGAGCUCUACAACAGCAGUCUGCUCAUCUCACUAGUGGAGAACCUGCAGGUCAUCGACUUUGAGGGUAAGAAGGAUGUCUGUCAGAUCUUCAACAACAUCUUGCGUCGUCAGAUCGGGACCCGCAGCCCGACAGUGGAGUAUUUCUGCUCCCAUCAGGAAGUGCUCUUCAUCUUACUCAAAGGGUAUGAGACUCCUCAGGUGGCGUUGAAUUGUGGGAUUAUGCUGCGCGAGUGUAUCCGGCAUGAGCCUCUCGCCAAAAUCGUCCUCCAUUCUGAACACUUCAAAGAUUUCUUCAGCUAUGUGGAGAUGUCCACAUUCGACAUCGCAUCUGACGCAUUUGCCACUUUUAAGGACCUGCUUACGAGACACAAGGCUCUGGUGGCUGAGUUUUUAGAACAGAACUAUGAUGCGGUUUUCGAUAACUAUGAGAAACUGCUUCACUCCGAGAACUACGUGACCAAGAGACAGUCGCUGAAGCUGCUGGGUGAGCUGCUCCUUGACAGACACAACUUCACGGUCAUGACGCGGUACAUCAGUAAACCAGAGAACCUGAAGCUCAUGAUGAACCUGCUGAGAGACAAGAGUCCCAACAUCCAGUUUGAGGCCUUCCACGUCUUCAAGGUGUUCGUGGCCAAUCCAAAUAAAACGCAGCCCAUCGUAGACAUUCUGUUGAAGAACCAAACCAAACUCAUCGACUUCCUUAGCAACUUUCAGAAGGAUCGCACAGACGACGAGCAGUUCAACGAUGAGAAGACAUACCUGGUCAAACAAAUACGAGACCUAAAGAAACCGGCCUCCUAAACUCUAGCUACUUCAGUAUUAGGAAAACAAACAAAACACACACACACACACAAAAAAUUAUAUUAACAAUAAUAAUUCUAUUUAAAAUCUCGACAGAUUUGUCUUUUCUUAGUUCUGAGGCUUACAAAUUCCUCAUCGUUGACGUUCUCCGUUUCUUAUUUUGCGUUUCCCCCUAUCGUGAUUUUGAUUUAAUCGCGAACGUUUUUGUGCCAUGAAUAGGAUGUUUUAAAAGUAGGAAUCAGCCAGUUUGAAUUGCAGGAAGAAUCGACUUCGAGAUUCGUCUCUCUGCGGAUGAGGAAGUACAGGUAAACUUUCACUCCUCCGUUUCUGGAUGUUUCUUUCUCGGUUCCUGGAGACUCGACGUGACUGAAAGUUUGCGUUUAAUUGCUGGAGAAGAUGAAGAGCUGUUGAUUUCCUCUCUGUAACUGCACUAAUCCUGCUUUGUCCAGCUCUUAUUUCCACGACACUACCAACCUGAUCAUUUCCUCUCUGUUCUGUUUGUGUUUCAUUUAAGAAGGAAGAAUUCAUUUAUCAGUAUUUUAAUGAUGGUUUAUCUGAAGCAGGAAGAGCGUCUGUGGGUCUUUGUGUACAAAUUUUCCUCUCGUUUUCUUAUUACUAUUCUUAUUUUAUAUAUUUUUACUUCAGUUUUUUUUUUUAAACACGCUGAUUUUACUCUUUAAGGUGGUUGCCAUUUUUAUUUCGAAAGAAGAAGAAUCUUGAAAAAUCAACUUUGGCACUAAGUGAACCGGUGUAAAUUCCAGCUCUAGAUUUCAAUGUAGAUCAAUGAGGGUUUUCUCCUGUAGCGCUUUGGUUUUACUAUAGUAUCCUCAGCGCUAUAGUAUCUUAACUUUAGUGCGUCAGACUGAAGUACUUCUUUAUACUGUAGUGCAGCUGUAGUGUUAUACUAUAGUAUUUCAUUUUACUGUAGUAUGUAUUUUGUGCUAUAACCCAUAAUUCAGCUGUCUUUGAUGAAUUGGACAGAAGUAGAUUGUUGCAUAGCUGAAAAUCAGAUGAAAUGAGGACGCAAAUGUAUAAAACAGGUGCCUUUUUGUUCUUUUUAUUAUUAUUAUUAUUAUUAUUAUUUGAGAUUAAAUAUUGGAAGGGGGAGCUUAAUUUCUUUUUAUUGUUUUAAAUAUGUUCUGAUUGGGCAUAUUUCGCUUGAUUAAGCAAUGAACCUCUUUAACUCACUAUAUUGGAGUUAUGCUGUUGAAGAAAAUUCAUUAAAUUUGAUUCUGUUUUUCCUC